AUGGUGAUGGCGUUCGACGAGCAGAUCAAGCGAGACUUAUCCUGUGGUCGCAUUUUGGCUCGAGAGCUCCGAAAUCUCCGUGUUGAGCAAGCAAAAUGCAACUCACUACGUCGAAGUACUGCAUCAUUAGAAACAGUGCUGGCACGACAUGACCCAUACGAUAAAGAACUCGUUCGCGAACGCUAUGGCUUCAUCCAUCGUGUAGAAUGUGCAUUAUGUGCAUUCCCGUUUUUGCCUGUCAACUUGCCACAUCGAGUGUCUUUCAAGUGCAUCAUGGAUUUACAUGCACUCUGGGGCUAUCAACCUCCUCAGCGCGAAGUCGCAGCUCGGUAUCGUCCACCAUUUUGCUAUGAUGCAGUUAGUGUUUGUCGGAUGUGUGGGCCAAUUCUCUUCGAACACACCACUGCAACUCCCGACGCCUACAACGAUCAAACAAUUGCACGCGCAAGUUCACUCAGUGGCCUUGCAACUCCAAAAGCAAAAACGCGAACAGUUGCCGAUUCUUGCGAACGACAAUCACUCUGUUCCGAUCCGUAUGCUUUGCCACCAUUAUUUGGUGACGAUGUGAUCGAAAAUGGAGACAGCUACACAAGCGAAGAAGUGGCCAACGAAGUGCUGCAAGGCAACGGCGCUGGAGUUAUGCAAGAGUCCCCUGCAAAAGCAAUUGUAUACUCCCAGCAACAAACCGACACAGUGGCGUUCAUGAGCUCCAAGGAUAGAUGGAUGGAAACCAUGGCAUUGCAUUGA